AUGCAUCAAUCAUCUGUUGAUUGCACCAGUUCAUGUCCAAAGCGAAGUGCUUGGAAUCUUGUCCGAAUCAUGCAGUAUAAAUUCUUGUUCACAGCCCUUCUUUCCUUCUUGCCUGUCGCAAUUGCAGCAGACCCUCGCUACUGCCAGGGGAAAGCAUACCUUGAUCCUAAAGACUUCACUCUCAAGGAGUCCCCGGAUAAUGCCCACCUACCCGUGCUCUCCAAGCAUUUCAAGUCCAAGGGCAAGAUUGCAAGUGUCACGGCAGUUCUUCAAUCUGCCAACCGUGCUCUGAAGAAAGAUCCUCCCCCUGUCGGCAAGGGAUCCCCUGCCGAAUCAUGGGCAUGGAAUUCAGGCGAUGACAAGACCAAGGAGUGGAUUCCCCAGGGCAUUACCAGCUCGGCCGAUGCAUUGGGCAAAGGAACCUGGAACGAGCACGAGGCAUGGAUUGUCAGUUGGUAUCGUGACGGGGACAGCGUGCGUCUCAGCUUUGUCGACCGCAAGACGCACAAGUAUCGCCAUGUGAUGCUUGUUUACCCAAAUGCAGACGAUGACUUCAAGUCCAUCACCAUCCAUGCCGGCGGCAUCAUGUGGUAUGGCAAUGUGUUGUAUGUCGUCGACACAAAGAAUGGUAUUAGGGCCUUUGACCUGGAUAAUAUCUGGGAGGUUGAAAUUGCGGAUGGUGUCGGAAAGUCCAAGGAUGGCAAGUCAUAUUCUGCAGAUGGGUAUGGAUAUGUGCUUCCUCAAAUCCGUUGGUACAAGUGGACUCCCGGCAAUGAUUCUCCAUUCCGUUUCUCUUGGGUCUCUCUUGACCGCAGUGACUCCCCCGAUACCCUCAUGGUGGGCGAGUUCGUACGCGACGGCGAAAAGUUCAAAAACACCGACACCCCAGUUCCCAUUCGCUAUGUCAAGUACAAUCUGGAUGCUUCGACUCGCCGGCUACACACCAACAACGGUAUUGCCACGGCAAGCUGGGCAUACUGUGUCAACAUCCCCAAUGUCCAGGGUGCUGUUUCGUACGAGAAGAAGUUCUACAUCUCCCGCAGUACUGGCAGAGCCCCUAAACAAGGCGAUCUCUUCGUCUGGGAGGAGGGAAAGACGGCAGUAAAGCACCAAGGCUGGUUUAUGGCAGGAAAUGAAGACAUGAGCUUCAAUCCUGUACGCAAAGAGUACUAUACUGUCACCGAGUAUGACGGUGACCGGUAUAUUCUGGCAUACAAGGUCUAG